AUGGCAACUUCCUGUAUGGAGACCCACAGCUCCGUCUUCAAACUACACGACAACGGUGCAGACCGAAGCAAGUUCCCGCGGCAAGAGGAUGCAGUUCUCACUACGCUGCUCGACAAUACAUCAACUUCGACUCCUAUCAAGGCAGCCCUCCAGCUGCAGAGAAUAAUAUUCAAGUCAGACCCAGCCUCGACGGGCCAGUUUGCGAUCUCUAAUAUGCCUGUUCUCGCCGAAGCCCACACCGCUACGCCGGACGAGCCAGUCAUGCCGCAGGCUCAGGGGUCCAUGCCCAGCCCGUUCAUGUACUCCCCGACCUCCGGACGUCCUGUGGGCGUCGUCGAGUUGACUAAGGCUCACUCCGUGCGAGCGGUCCGGCGUGGCAAACGUACCACGUCGGUCGCCUGUCUCUUCUGCCGCAGACGCAAGAUCGCAUGCGGCGGUCCACCGGUUGACAAUCCGGACAAAACCUGUAUGCAGUGUAAACGGCGGAGGUUUACGUGCGAGUACCCGGAGGGUCGCAACGGCGCACGCGAGUACAAAUUCAAGCAGACUCAUUUCGCCGUCGAUGCGGAAUGA